AAUGAGAAUGUCAGUGGCUCAUAUAACUCUGCUCUUCUUCCUUAGUGCAGGGACAGCUCAAACAUCCGAUCCAGCCAUCACUGCUAUCUGGAAUGAGCUGAAGAUGUUGAGAGACAUGGUGGUGGAGCAGAGGGUCGAGCUGAAGAAUCUGGAGAGCAGAGUGAGAGAGAGCGAGGACAAGGCUGAGGAGGAGAGGGUGAAAGUCUUGCUUCUGACAGUUGAACUUGGACACAUCUCUGAGAAGGUGGAGGAGCAGAGAGCACAGAUUUCUGAGCUGCAGAAGGAAAACACAGAACAGGAAACCAGAUUAGAUGGUGUGGACAUCAGGCUGACAGAGAGUGAAAAAGAAGCAGAACAGCAGAAGAUGGAAACCAAGACUCUUAAAGCAGAUCUGAACAGCACCAUGAUUGAAGUACAACUCCAAAAUCUCAGCAUAGAGGAUCUACAGAAAGAGACUGAAGCUAAGGUUGCUUUCUCUGUGGCCUUGACUGGUCCAGUGGGACCGUUCAACACUGACACUCAUCUGAAGUAUGACAGAAUCUUGACCAACGUUGGCAAUGCCUACAAUCCUACAUCAGGAACGUUCACCGCACCAAUCAGAGGAGUUUACUACUUCAGAUUCACUGCUUUUGAAUACCGGAAAACUCACACUUUUGGUGUAUACAUUUAUCACAAUGACCAGCAACUGAUGGCAAAUGGGGAACACAAUGUUUAUGAAGGGAAUGAGUUUUUCUCAAAUGCUUUCGUUCUUGAGUUGAAUGAGGGAGACUUGGUGUACAUGAAGCUUCCCUCAGGAUGGACUCUCUAUGACUCUGGAAAUAAUCAAACAUCAUUCAGUGGCUUCUUACUCUUCAGACUGUAAGUGAUGGUCACAUGAUGGCCUCUUUAAUCGAGCUGUUUAUGGUGAACUAAGACAAAUAAAUGUCUGACAAUAAGCUGUUGACUCCUGAAAUAUUGACUUAAGUUUUGUGGAACCUCAUCCCAUUGAAUACUUUAAAACGUUGUUGGAUGUACACAUAAACUCAAAAACAAUUAAAUGGCUUG